AUGGAGGCAGGACACCGCGGACCGCUCUCAGCUGCUCUGAGGGCCGCUCAUGACCCGCGGGCCGUAGCUUGCCCAUGCCUGCACUCCGCUCCGCUCUUGCAGGUUGCUCUGAAGGCACAAUACACCGGCCCCGAGCCUCGUCACAAGAAGAAAGCCACUCCCAAGCGCACACGGGCGUCCAGGAGAGACGCACUGAGCCGCACGCGUUUGUGGAAGAAUAAUGUAGCAGCGAAAGAAGACCUCAGCAGUGGACUCGCCAUAGAGCACGAUGGCGAGCGACUCCCCAGCGAGGAGUCUGGACGAAAUCGACCUAUCUGCGCUGCGGCUCGGACUAUCUGCGCUCGGACUAUUUGCGCUCGGACUAUUUGCGCUCGGACUAUCUGCGCCCGGACUAUCUGCGCCCGGACUAUCUGCGCCCGGACUAUCUGCGCCCGGACUAUCUGCGCCCGGACUAUCUGCGCCCGGACUAUCUGCGCCCGGACUAUCUGCGCCCGGACUAUCUGCGCCCGGACCAUCUGCGCCCGGACCAUCUGCGCCCGGACCAUCUGCGCCCGGACCAUCUGCGCCCGGACCAUCUGCGCCCGGACCAUCUGCGCCCGGACCAUCUGCGCCCGGACUAUCUGCGCCCGGACUAUCUGCGCCCGGACUAUCUGCGCCCGGACUAUCUGCGCCCGGACUAUCUGCGCCCGGACUAUCUGCGCUCGGACUAUCUGCGCCCGGACCAUCUGCGCCCGACCAUCUGCGCCGGACCAUCUGCGCCCGGACCAUCUGCGCCCGGACCAUCUGCGCCCGGACCAUCUGCGCCCGGACUAUCUGCGCCCGGACUAUCUGCGCCCGGACUAUCUGCGCCCGGACUAUCUGCGCCCGGACUAUCUGCGCCCGGACUAUCUGCGCUCGGACUAUCUGCGCCCGGACUAUCUGCGCCCGGACUAUCUGCGCCCGGACUAUCUGCGCCCGGACUAUCUGCGCCCGGACUAUCUGCGCCCGGACUAUCUGCGCCCGGACUAUCUGCGCCCGGACUAUCUGCGCCCGGACUAUCUGCGCUCGGACUAUCUGCGCCCGGACUAUCUGCGCUCGGACUAUCUGCGCCCGGACUAUCUGCGCUCUGAUUACAUUCGGACGUGA